GAUGUCAAUUUUUUAUUUUUUUUUCUUCUUGCAGAUGAUAUAAUUAAGCUGAACAAGAAAGAAGAGAGAAAGCAAUAUUCUCCCAAAAUAAAAAGAGGACUUCAGCAGAACCGAACCCGACAGUUCAGGACAUCAGGCUCCAAGUGGGGAAUCCAGCAGCAGAAAGGUUAUGGUAAGAAUCGUUUGGGGCGCAGAAAGAAGAUCGCAGGGAAGAAACGUUCGUACGGAGUUAAAACUGGCCUGGCAGCCAAGAAGGCAGUGGGCUCACAGAAUGGAGUCAGUCCUCUGAACAGACAGCCACUGAGUGAGAAGAAUGCACAGCGGAAUUAUCCAGUUCUGAAAAGGAAAACAAACCUGCAGAGACAAUCUGAAAUGCAGAGAAAACAAGCUCCUGCCCUCAGGAGAUCUGCCCUGCUAAACAGGAGAAUUGCAAACAAAUUAAACCAGCAGAAAGACACUCGUCAAGCAACUUUCCUGUUUAGAAGGGGCCUGAAGGUGCAGGCCCAAGUGCAGUCAACAGAUGAUCUUGAUAAUCAGACAGUAAAGAGAACUCGACAAUGGCGAACUUCUACCACAAAUGGAGGGAUCCUGACUGUGUCUAUUGACAACCCGGGAGCAAUCAUAACCCCAAUUUCCCAGAAGUUACGAUUAACUCGUACUCCUGUGCCACCAUUUCUGAUGAAGAGGGACCAAUCCGAGGAGAAGAAGAUUCCAAAAGGAGUUCCAUUGCAGUUUGAUAUUAAUAGUGUUGGAAAACAGACCGGGAUGACGUUGAACGAGCGAUUUGGGAUCCUGAAGGAGCAGAGAACAGCACUGUCUCAGAACAAAGGGAGCCGCUUUGUAACAGUGGGAUAACCUGCAGCUGGA